AUGAAUCGUCGGUCCCGUGAUAAGGGCACCAAAACACCAGGUGACUUGUCAUCCUCAUCGUCUUCCUCCACCUCCACGGCCGACGGGAUGGUAAAAGUACACAUAUCUGAUCUGGAAAGGCUCAAAGCCCCAACCACCAAUCCCUCUCGGGGCCACAUUGGAACCUGGGCAAAGAACUACCGCCGCGCCACGGUCGAAGACGCCCACGACUCGUCGGGCUCUGCGCGUCGGAACCACAACAAGACCAAGGACCGCCGCGUCCACUUCAAGCCUCGCGACAGCGACCCCGGUACGGCCACUCGCCGCCGUCGGCCCCGCGACCCAGAGAGCUGGCAUCACUCGGGCAGCAGCAGCGGCGAUGCUGACGCGGGCGGCAUCGACGACGAUGCGCGCUCGUCUACUUCCUCUGAUGCACCACAUCCGAGCCCCAAGCCCAUCCGCUCUGCUCUGAAGAAGCCCAAGAUCCGCAAGCCCGUCGCGUCUGAGGGCACUGCCCAUCCCCCCUCCGAACAGCAGACCACGGCGGCACCCGUGUCCCAACAGCAGACGGGCUACAUGCUCGUGCCAGGACCCCAUCCGGGGACGCAGCAGCUUGUUCCCGUGCAGGUCUCUACCGGCAACGCUCCGGAGCACCAGCAGCCAUCUCAAUUCGGCCAUGAUGCUUUGGGGAUGGGUCCUGCACAGCUCCUCAGCGCCCAGCUCCAGCACAUCCAGCUGCAUCAACAGCAACAAGGAAUGUACGGCAUGAUGUCAGGCCAGGCCCUCGGCGGCUAUGGCUACCCGGGCGCCAUGCAGAUGGGUUACCAUCCCAUGCAGUACCCGACAUGCCCAACCGGCGGUUAUCCCUAUGCCCAACCCAACAUGAUGCAGGCGCCCAUGCAGAUCCACUACCACCAGCAGCAGCCUCAGCAUCCCAUGUACCACCACCAGCCAGGAUAUCUUGCGCCGGGCCCGCUGGUGCCCGAGGUAGAGCCGGGCGGUGCUCCUGUUCACUACUCAGCAGAGCACAUCCCUGCCUUUCAGGCGCCCGGAAUGCAUAACAUGGGCGGCUAUUUCAACAACUAG